AUGGCUCACCUCCGCCUCCUCCUUUCCCACUCGCGCUGCCACCCGCAUCCCCAUCGCCUCCUCCCGCUCUUCCGCUUCUCCACCUCCAACUCCGGCGACCCCCCACCGCCGACCAUCAAGCCCGUCUCCUACGCCCCGAAGCCGCAGCCCCCACCCGAGGAGGCCCCCCGGCCGGAUGCGCCGAGCGCUGGCCCCGAUUGGCAGGACCAGCCGACCAGGAGAUUUGAGCAGCAGCCGCCGAAUCCGCCGCGGCAGUUUACGCGGCAAGAGGUGCGGUUCGUCAAGGACGCGGGGCCCGCGAUCGCGCCGGUGUCGUACCCGAGCAGGGUUGCGCCGCUUCCGGAAGACCGGCCAGCGGAAGAAGGGGCCGGACAGGGGGUGAAUGAGCAGGAUCUGCGCGGCGAGGCGGAGCGGAUUGAGAUGAAUGCUGAGCGGGCGAGGAGGUCCGUCUUCGGCGUGCCGGUGGAGGAGGAGACGGUGCCGUACCCAUCGCUGAUACCCGUUGCGAAGCGGCCGCAGAAGGUCGCCAUUGACCUCGUCGACGCACUCCGCGAAAUCAAGACCAGUGCAAAUGAGAAGAAGCGGAAUUUUACCGAAACAGUGGAAGCUCAUGUGAUGUUAGGUGUUGAUCCACGUCGUGGUGACCAGAUGGUCCGUGGCGCCAUAACUUUGCCGCAUGGCACUGGCAAGACUGUUAGGGUAGCAGUAUUUGCGGAAGGGCCUGCAGCAGAGGAAGCUAGAGCAGCUGGAGCAGAUGUUGUUGGUGGCGACGAGCUGAUUGAGGAGAUUCGCAAAGGAGGAGGCAAACUAAGUUUCGACAAGUGCAUAGCAACCCCAAUGUUCAUGCCUCGGCUUUCAAAGGUCGCUAGAAUAUUGGGUCCGCGUGGUUUGAUGCCAAAUCCUAAGUUAGGGUCUGUCACAAAUGAUGUUUUUGGUGCUGUCAAAGCGGCAAAAUCAGGCCGUGUUGAUUUCAAGAUAGAUAAAACUGCCAUAGUGCAUGUUGGCCUUGGAAAGAUCAAUUUUUCUGAGGAGAGUUUACGUGAAAAUAUUGGUGCUUUCGUAAAUGCACUUUUACUUGCUAAGCCGGUGGGCUUAAAGAAAACUUCGAAAUAUGUUGGAUACGUGAAGAAGUUCACACUGAGUAGCACAAUGGGACCUGGAUUUCCUGUUACUAUACCAUCGCUAUCGGCAGCUGCUGAUGACUAUAGCAGGGCGCAUGUGAGCUAA